AUGAGAAGGCUUGAUGAUAUACAACCCCACAAUCUUCAGCAUAAAAGGCGAAGAGACUUAAGGCAUGUGCCAUGGGAGGUUAAGGGUUUUAAGUUCGUGAUUUCUUGCCGCCGUUCUCCGCCGUCAGAAGCCACCGUCUCACCGUCAGUGAUGGCAGAAGAGGUUCCGAAACCUCUGAACUACAUCCCCGAGGUUAUACUCAAGAAGCGCAAAAGCAGUGAAGCAUGGGCAUUGAGAAAGAAAGAACAAUUCCAGCACAAGAAUUUCCAAUCCAUCAAGAAGCCCGAGGAUUUCAUCCACGAGUAUCGCAACAAGGAAGUGGACCUUAUUAGAUUGAAGCGGAGGGUGAAGAGGAAAGUUCCUCAAGCUAAAUCCAACUUAUUGAUAAUCAUUCGGAUACAGGGGAAAAAGGACAUGCAUCCGAAGACAAGGAAGGUGUUGUAUAGCUUGGGUUUGAGGAGUAUUUUCAGUGCGGUUUUUGUGAAGUCAAGUGAAGGAAUAAUGGCCAAGCUGCAGAGGGUGGAACCAUAUGUGACCUAUGGAUACCCAAACCUUAAAAGCAUAAAGGAACUAAUUUACAAGAAAGGACAUGCAAGGAUGGAUGGGCGGAAAGUUCCCUUGACAGAUAAUAACAUUAUUGAGCAGGAAUUAGGAAAGUUUGGUAUUGUAUGCAUAGAGGACAUGGUGCAUCAGAUUUAUAAUGUUGGACCCCACUUUCAGGAAGUUGUCAGAUUUAUGUGGCCCUUUGCGCUCAACAAGCCAGCUGAAGGAUUGAAAGGAUCAAAAACCCUAUAUAAGGAGGGUGGAGACACAGGGAACCGUGAGGAUCUCAUCAACGAACUAAUGGAUAAAAUGAAUUAG